AUGAGGCAUUCAACUCCAGGGAUGAAUCGAAAAAGAAAUCUUUAUGGGUUCUACCUCCUAUUUUUUAUGAAGAGAAUGAAUCUUUUUAUCGAAGGAUCAGAAAAAAUGGGUUCGGAUCUCCUGCGGGAAUGA